CUGUGAAAGUGUUCUGGUGGUGUCCGUUAGGGGGCGCUGGUGAGUACGUACGUAUCCCGGCAGCAUUAGAGGAAGCAGGCGGGGUUCCGCACGCUUUAGGAGGGUUUGAGCUGCUCGGGAAUAAAAAGUGAAACUUUUCCGACAUCAUGAACGGUUCCUCACACAGCGCGCCGAGUGUUGUAGAAAUGACGCUGAAAAGAGGCCCGGCUGAGAAAGAGACCCUUCUGUCUGAAGAAGUGACAUCUGGCUGGGAUCAUGUCUGUUUCUUCUCCCUUCCCCAUUUCUCCAGAAAUCACAUUAAGGCCUUCAGUCUGGGGUUUAAUAUAGUGGGUGGAGUUGACCAGCAGUAUAUUACGAAUGACAGUGGAAUCUAUGUGGCAAGAAUUAAAGAAGAUGGAGCGGCUGCACUGGAUGGACGCCUGCAGGAGGGUGACAAAAUUAUUGCGAUAAAUGGACAGAAUUUGGACAAUCUGUCUCACGGUGCAGCAGUGGAGCUGUUUCGGUCUGCAGGAGAGGAAGUGCAUCUUCGAGUACAGCAGGGACUAAACCUGCAGAACGGCCCCACCAGCUCUCGUGCCGAUGGAGAAUCUUCAUCUGCUUUCGGCACAUGGACAAUGUAUACUGUAGUCACCCUGGCAGUAAUAGCAGCAGGUUUCAUGGCUUACAAACGCCUACGCUUACAUCCCCGGGCGUCCCGAGGCCCAUUUUAACCCAUUACAUGAUUAAAUGACAUUUUACAGACUUCAUUUUUUUUUUUUUUUGGACAGUUUCUGCUGAAGGCCCAGACAUUAACAGGGAUUGAAAAUGGAAACCAGUUAAUGUUAGCAGAACUUGCAGAUUUUCUUUAAUUGUUUAGAUCAUGAUAUGACCACACACUUAUAGCUGUAAUAGGUUUUCACAGUUCAUUUGGUGAUCGUCAUUGGCGCUUAAACAGAAUACCCAGCAUGCCUGAUGACAUUGCAGGGUGGAAUAAGGGAACUGGGAUGAUGAGCACGGCGUUUGGAUCAACAGCAUCAGAAAUUUCUGGACUAGACAGAGGGACCACAGGCAGGAGACAGAGGCUGAGGUGGAACUGUGUUUCUGGGCAGAAGAUGGGCCCACAGAGGAAUGAUUUUUCUGGCUUGCCAAAAUGCUGGAACGAGCCCAAGGUGUGCCAUUAGAUUAUUUGAGGUCUUCUCAGGUACCUGCUUGUGCAAGGGUAUGUUUGAAAGCAUGCAUGAUGUGAAUGGAGUCAGCUUUUUCUUUUUUAAUACUUUAAUUUCUCACUCCAUAUAUGCAGGAUGCGUUGCAGCGUUAGUGAUGGGGGAGGUAAAGAUGUUUAAACUGUUUAUUUGCCAUCAUGGCUUUGCCUUGUAUUUGGUUUUCCUCCCUCGGGGGAAUAAACACAAUCAGAAUGAAAAUGAUAUAUUGUUGAUAUUGUAUAUGGCUUGUGUUUCUGGAAUAGUCUUGUCUCGUACACUAAUAUUUCUCUGCACCUCUCUCAACUCGUGCCUUGCCACAUUGAGCUGCAGGUCUCAGUGCUGCUCCCUGUCUGCAGUCUUUCUGUUUCUGACUGUAUUAUCUGUUCUGAAACUGACAAA